AGUUGCGCGUUAAUCAUUCACUUCACUCCGUUCCACGUUUUCCAGGAAGUAAAGAGGUGUCCUAAGGAGAGGGGGGAAACUUCACUGAAUGGGCUGACAGAUAAAUCCUCGUCCCGUCUCCACACUCGUACUUUCCAACGCUGUCCCGACCAGUUUUGUCAAGAGACUCUACCGGAAACGACCAUUGACACACUUAUCGGGAAAUUUAGUCCAGAGAAUGGCAGAGAAGGUGCUGGUCACAGGUGGAGGGGGUUACAUUGGGAGUCACUGUGUGGUGGAGCUGAUUGAAGCAGGCUUCCAGCCCGUCGUAGUGGAUAACUUCAGUAACGCUGUAAGAGAAGGAGAUGUGCCAGAGAGCAUACGAAGGAUAGAGAAGCUUCUGGACACCAGCAUUGAGUUUCAUGAACUAGACCUUCUGGACCGGCCUGGCUUGGAAAAACUCUUCGAAAAGCAUGCUUUCAGUGCCGUGAUGCACUUUGCUGGCCUGAAGGCCGUCGGGGAGUCAGUGGAGCAGCCAUUACGCUACUACAGAGUCAACCUCACCGCCUCCAUUAACCUGCUUGAGGUGAUGCAGGCUCACAAGGUGCACAAUCUGGUCUUCAGCAGCUCAGCCACGGUGUAUGGAGACCCCCAGCACCUACCCAUUGACGAGCAGCAUCCCGUGGGCGGCUGCACCAACCCCUACGGCAAGACCAAGUACUUCAUCGAGGAGAUGAUCAGCGACCACUGUAAGGCAGAGAAGGACUGGAACGCAGUGUUGCUGCGUUAUUUCAACCCAAUUGGAGCUCAUUCCUCCGGCCUGAUAGGAGAGGACCCUCAGGGUAUCCCCAACAACCUGCUGCCAUAUGUUGCCCAGGUUGCCAUUGGGAGAAGAAAAUGCCUUAGUGUAUUUGGGAAUGACUAUGACACACUUGAUGGGACAGGUGUGCGAGAUUACAUUCACGUUGUAGAUCUGGCAAAGGGACACAUAGCAGCUCUGAGGAAGCUGAAGGACAACUGCGGGUGCCAGGUUUACAACCUAGGAACAGGAAGGGGCUACUCUGUGCUCCAGAUGGUAAAAGCCAUGGAGAAGGCAUCAGGGAGAGAGAUCUCAUACAAGAUCGCCCCUCGUAGGGGAGGAGACAUUGCAUCCUGCUACGCUGACCCUCAUCUGGCCGAGAAGGAGCUGGGCUGGAAGGCUGAAUUUGACCUGGAGAGAAUGUGUGAGGAUCUGUGGCGCUGGCAGUCUAAGAACCCCACAGGAUUCUCCAACGGCACAGCCUCUUGAUACAACUCCAGUCUGUUGUUAAAUGUUACUGAGUCCUCUUCUAAAUCAGCCAGCCAAAGCGGACCAUCAGCUUCCUCAUUUUUGCAUAUCACACAAACACAUGAUGAGACCUCAGGAGGAACUGAAUGCUUUUUUUUCAUGUUUCAUGUCCUAAUAGCUCUAUAUUAACCGUAAUCUUAUUUUCAAAAUAAUUGUAUACAAAUGUCUUUCUGUUCUCUCCCUGUUGUUAUGUUAUUUUUAACAAUGGAUAUUUUCACUAUAACUGUAUUGACCUGUGAGCCAUAACGAUGAAAGAAUAAAUUAAUUUUCUUACGGAACAAACCGGAGCCUACAAUUCCACUCAAUUAUGAAAUGGGGCCAUUGCAAACGACUGUCAAAUGAGUUGUAAUUAAGGAAGAUUGACUGCUACAGUGUUGACUACAUUAUGGGAUUAACUUGCAAUGCUUUAGUGAGGAAAAAACCCAUAACAAAACCAAUAAGAAUAUCCUGGUUUGAAAAUACUCACACCUAGAAAUAUGAUG